GGUUGCUGUCACCAGCCGCAGCACAGGUCUCGCCUUGCAGAACCGCAACCCCUUGGUAGCCGUCUACUACACCAACCGAGCCCUCUGCUACCUGAAGAUGCAGCAGCACGACAAGGCGCUGGCGGACUGCAAGCGCGCCCUGGAGCUGGACGGCCAGUCCGUGAAGGCCCACUUCUUCCUGGGCCAGUGCCAGAUGGAGAUGGAGAAUUACGAUGAGGCCAUUGCCAACCUGCAGAGAGCCUACAACCUCGCCAAGGAGCAGCGGCUGAAUUUUGGGGAUGACAUCCCCAGCGCGCUGCGCAUCGCCAAGAAGAAACGUUGGAACAGCAUCGAGGAGAAGCGGAUCAACCAGGAGAACGAGCUGCAUUCCUACCUGACCAAGCUGAUCAUGGCGGAGAAGGAGAGGGAGCUGGCUGAGUGCCGAAAGACUCAGCAAGAAGAAAACGCGGAUGAAAGCCGGAGCCGAGUUCAGCUGGCCAGCAUCGAGGCCAAACACGACAAAUACCUGGCAGACAUGGACGAGCUCUUCUCUCAAGUGGAUGAGAAGAGGAAGAAGCGGGAUAUCCCUGACUACCUGUGCGGGAAGAUCAGUUUUGAGCUGAUGAGAGAGCCCUGCAUCACGCCCAGCGGGAUCACCUACGACAGAAAGGACAUUGAGGAGCAUCUCCAGCGUGUGGGUCACUUUGAUCCGGUGACGCGGAGUCCCCUGACCCAGGACCAGCUGAUCCCCAACCUUGCCAUGAAGGAGGUGAUCGACGCCUUCAUCUCUGAGAACGGCUGGGUGGAGGAUUACUGAGGGGCCAGUGCUGGCCCACCCGGGCCCCCUCCUGACCUCGGCGGCACAGGCAGCUCUCAGUGAGGCUGGCACCAUGCCUUACGCGCUCCCCGCCUGUUCCCUCUCCGCUCCGGCUGCUCGGAGACCCCGCAGC